UUCACCGAACAUUCGGCCACACUCUUUGCAACCCAGCAGCCGUGUUCCGGUCUUUCGGUUUCCGCUAGACUAAACCCAGAGGCCCCGGCGCAUUACGUCGGUUUCUGCCCAGCGCAGUCACGACCCCGGCGGUGCUGGUUUGGGAGCCUGCGAGGCUCCAGCCAGGUCCCGAGGCCCAGGGCGGCCGCUGCAGGGAGAAGCCCCGGCCCCCGGGUCCCCGCUCGAGGGAGGCCGGACGGUGCCUGUCUCCGGCCCGAGGAGGAAGAAGCGAGCGGGCCGGCGCCACCUCUUCCCUCUUCGGGGCGCACUGCCAUCCCCGGCGGCCGCGACUCGGGGGUUCCUGAGUCCCGGAACUCCUCCCAGGACCGGCGCACUUGAACUCCAGGAGCUGGCCCAGCACCUCGCCCCGGUCGUCCUGCGGUCUCUGUCCCUGUGCUGACGGGCCCGCUGGCGCGAUGCUGGCGCUGUGGCUGGAGAGCUUGGGGCAGACCCUGCUGAUCUGGGGCGCGGUGGGCGCCGUCUCCCUGGCGGGCGCCACUUUUAUCCUGAACCUCCUGCAGAUGGGGGCGAGAUACGCGUGGCAGUGGCAUCAGAUGAGGGACCUCCCCACCUUGCCCGGCUGCUACCCCUUGGUGGGACACACGCUGAUGAUGAAGCCAGGAGGGAAAGAAUUUUUUCAGCAGCUAAUUUCUUACACGGAACAAUAUCGGCAUCUUCCAGUGCUGAAACUCUGGCUGGGACCAGUGCCACUCUUGGCCAUUUAUAAUGCGGAAAAUGUGGAGGUAAUUUUAAGUAGUUCAAGGCAAAUUGACAAAUCCUACAUGUACAAGUUCCUAGAACCGUGGCUUGGCCUAGGACUCCUGACCAGUACUGGACACAAAUGGCGAUCUAGGAGAAAAUUGUUAACGCCCACUUUCCAUUUCACAAUUCUGGAAGAUUUCUUAGAUGUCAUGAAUGACCAAGCAAAUAUAUUGGUUAAUAAGCUUGAAAAACAUGUUAACCAAGAAGCAUUUAACUGCUUUUUUUACAUCACUCUUUGUGCCUUAGAUAUAAUUUGUGAAACGGCGAUGGGGAAGAACAUUGGUGCUCAGAGUAAUGAUGAUUCUGAGUACGUCCAUGCAGUUUAUAGGAUGAGUGACUUGCUACAUCGGAGAAUGAAGAUGCCUUGGCUCUGGCUUGACUUUUUGUUUCUUAUGCAUAAAGACGGAUGGGAACACAGAGGGAACCUAAAGAUCCUACACAAUUUUACCAACAAUGUCAUCUCUGAACGGGCCAGGGAACUGAAGAGAAACGAAGAACAUGGACAUGGUGGCAAGGACUCCUCCCCCUCCAAAAAUAAACGCAAAGCUUUUCUUGACUUGCUUUUAAAUGUGACUGAUGAUGAAGGGAACAAGCUAAGUCAUGAAGAUGUUCGAGAAGAAGUCGACACUUUCAUGUUUGAGGGCCACGAUACGACCACGGCAGCAGUAAACUGGGCCUUGUAUCUGUUGGGCUCUUACCCAGAAGUCCAGAAACAAGUGGACAGUGAACUGGAGGAAGUGUUUGGGAAGUCUGAUCGUCCUGCUACCGUAGAAGACCUGAAGAAACUUAGAUACCUGGAAUGUGUCAUUAAGGAGAGCCUUCGCCUUUUUCCUUCUGUUCCUUUAUUUGCCCGUAAUCUUACUGAAGAUUGUGAAGUUGCGGGUUACAAAAUUGUGAAAGGCGUUCAAGCAAUCAUUGUUCCCUAUGCACUGCAUAGAGAUCCAAGGUAUUUCCCAGAUCCUGAGGACUUCCAGCCAGAACGGUUCUUUCCUGAGAAUUUGCAAGGACGCCACCCAUAUGCAUAUGUGCCCUUCUCUGCUGGACCCAGAAACUGCAUAGGUCAAAAAUUUGCCAUAAUGGAAGAAAAGGUCAUUCUUUCCUGCAUCCUGAGGCAUUUUUGGGUAGAAUCCAAUCAGAAAAGAGAAGAACUUGGUCUGGCAGGAGAACUGAUUCUUCGUCCAACGAAUGGCAUCUGGAUCAAGCUGACGAGGAGAAAUGCAGAUGAAUCCUGACCAUUGUAUUGGGCUGUGCCUUUGUCAUGUGAAAGGUCUUUCUUGAAGGGAACUGGAUACAUAACUUCUAGAUCUGGAUUCAAUACUCUUAGUCCCUAUUUUUUUUUUUCUUGUUCCUGCUUCCGUUGGGAUCAAGUUCACCAAAGAGUUUUUAUAUUUUCAUCGCCACCAUAGAUCUUAGCCUUGGUCUUGAUCCCCAAAGUAGAGUUAACUGGUGAUUGUACCCAAAUAAACAGAUGACAAGUUUCUCAGCAAAGGGAUCCGCAGGCCAAUUCAGUUGGCAUACCCAAAGAAUACAAUUUAACUGAGAUUCCAGAAUUUCUUAAAGAUACUCUUGUUGGCUGGUAAACAUGUGUGUAUACACACACACACACACACACACACACACACACACACAUGCACUUAAUA